ACACAGGCGUCAUGGAGCAUCGCUGCCUGGUGGCUGGGGAGAACCUGGUGCUGUCCUGUGAGCUGUCCCGUCCCGAUGCCGCUGUGCGCUGGCUCCGGGAUGGCCAGGAGGUGCAGCCGGGCGAGCGGGUGCAGGUCGAGGCCCGCGGGGUGCUGCGUUGCCUCACGAUCUGUGGGGUGCAGCCUGGUGACUCAGGGAGCUACACCUGCGAUGCUGCCAGUGACAGCGUGGUGACAAGCGUGGAGGUGUCGGCCCAGCCUGUGCGCAUCAUCAACAAAGAGGAGGCACAGAGCCCACUGGAGGUGCUGGAGGGGGACAGUGUGACACUGGUGGCCCGGCUCUCUCCAGAGUCGGCAGUGGUGCAGUGGCAGAAGGACGGAGAUAUCCUGUGCUCGGGCGGGCGGCUCCUGGUGUGCAGCGAGGGCGCCACACGCAGCCUCACCAUUAAGCAAGUGGAGCUGUCUGACAGGGGCAUCUUCCUCUGUGAUGCCAGUGACGAUGAGGUGCAGUUCAUGCUGAAUGUGAAAGAGGCACCUGUGCUGUUCGUGAACAAACGUGAGGAGCGGGAGAAGCUGCUGGUGCUGGAGGGCGGCAGUGCCGUGCUCUCCGCCAUCGCCUCCACAGAGCGAGCCAAUGUCACCUGGCUGGGCCCACAGCAGGUGGCAGUGGCCAGCGAGCGCUGCGAGCUGCGGCGGGACGGCCGCGUCCACAGCCUCGUCCUCCUCAAUGUGGCCAAGGAGGAUGCUGGCGUCUACACCUGCCUCUCCCCCCACGACCAGAUGCAGUUCGACGUCAGCGUCCGAGAGCUUCGUGUGAAGUUCCUGCGUGGGCUGUCGGACGUGCGUGCGCGGCAGGGCGAGCGAGUGGUGCUGUGGUGCGAGCUCUGCAAGGCGCGGGGCGAUGUGCUGUGGCGGAAGAACGGACGGGCGCUGGCACCCAGCCCACGCUGCCAGAUGAUGGUGGAAGGGCGAGAGCGCUCGCUGGUGCUCAGCUGCGUGGAGCCUGAGGACGCCGGCGAGUACUGCUGCGAGUCCAACGACGACAAGACACUUGCAACGCUGACAGUACAGGGUGAGCUGUGCCCUAGGCUUGGCCACCACCCUGGGGACCCCUAUACCGUGGUGGUGGUGGAGAAGAUGGCAGGGGUGUGUGGGGAUUAUUGA